AUGGCGUCCGGGGUUGCAGAUGUGCAUAUGUUUGCAGGGUGGAAUCCCCCGGGAUUUCACAAGUCCCGCCAGAUCGCUGAGGCGGCACUCGUGUUGAUCAACGGCGGACGCCGAUGCCCGCGCACAAUCACCAGCAUCGGUUACGUAUCUGUCCUCGGUCCCUAUGUUGAUCAUCCAGGGUGCCGAUUUUCGCAUAUAGAGGCCCGCAAUCCAGAUUAUAUUCGGCUUGUUCUCCUUUGGCAUACUACAAUCCAUUUCUUUCAUCUGGAGGACCCUGUUUAUAAUUCAAUCAGAUUAAUUAUGGGCCUGAAACCGUAUAUGGGCCUUCGGGGCAAUGCUCUGCUUCGAGCAGCUGUGAUGCUCGUCGUGGCUCCGACAUUUACUUGUUAUGGAUACAAUAUGAGUGUUGCAGGUGGUCUGUUGACACUGGAGACUUUCAAUGCCCAAUUCCCAAGAAUGGACACUCUUCACGGCGACGCAGCUACUAAGCAUGAGAAUUCAACAAUUCAAGGAACGGUUAUCGCACUUUAUACUGCUGGAGGUAUCUUCGGCUCGCUAUCCUGUAUCUACCUCGGCGAUCUCUUAGGCCGACGGAAGGUCAUAUUCGUCACCAACUUCAUUACUAUUAUAGGCGCCAUUCUGAUGGCUACAUCAUUCCAAUUCGCCCAAUUUAUCGUUGCCAGAUUGAUUCUAGGUUUAGGAAUCGGCGGUUAUCUUGCGACAGUUCCAGUGUGGCAGUCUGAAAUCUCACCAUCACAUAAGCGAGGGUCUAAUGUCGUCACAGAUGGCAUCUUCGUUGGUGUUGGUGUCACUUCGGCCCUAUGGAUAGACCUCGGCUUUUACUUUGUCAAAGAAAGCUCGGUAUCCUGGAGGUUCCCUCUGGCCUUCCAAAUCGUACUGUGCAUGAUUGCGAUGACAUUUAUUACUAUGCUUCCCGAAUCGCCCCGAUGGCUCAUCAAGACAGGCCAACGGGAAGAAGCUCGAAAAGUCCUAGCAGCUCUCCUAGAUGUCGACCACGAUUCAGAGAUCAUCACAAACAAUAUCUACGACAUUGAAACCUCCUUAAACAAAUGCGGAGCUAGCUCCUGGCGCGACAUGUUCACCAUGGGUGAACAGAGACUUUUCCACCGUGCCUACCUAGCCGCAACAGGCCAGAUGUUUCAGCAGAUGUGCGGUGUAAAUUUGAUCACCUACUACGCCACAACUAUCUUCCAGCAGUAUCUCGGAAUGGACGCCGUAAAUUCCCGUAUUCUAGCUGCUGCGAUGGGCCUCACACAGCCUCUAGGUGGUAGCUUAGCAUACUUCACCAUUGACCGUCUUGGUCGACGUCCUCUGAUGCUGUGGAGCGCAGGUGCCAUGUCCAUCUGCAUGGCAAUUCUUGCUGGUACAACAGGCCAAGAAGGCAACACAGGCGCACUGGUUGUGGCCGUCAUCUUCCUCUACUGUUUCCAAUUUAUCUUCACUGUCGGUUACUCCGGCCUCACAUUCCUUUACGCAGCAGAAAUGGCUCCUCUUCAAAUUCGAGCCGCUGUGAACGCAGUAUCAACUGCAACAGUCUGGGCCUUCAAUUUCUUGCUGGCUGAGGUGACACCUGUGGGAUUCGACACGAUCUCGAACAGAUAUUAUAUUAUUUUUGCUGUUAUGAACGCGGCCAUCGUGCCUUGCGUUUACUUUUUCUUCCCAGAAACCAAGGGACGUACCCUGGAAGAAAUUGACGAAAUCUUUUUGCAAUCAAAGUCCAUCUUUGAUCCACCUCGCGUCGCACGGAGAAUGCUACAGGUCGAGAUGGGCCAGCCUCAGUCUGAUAGUGGGGAAAACAACACUUCCGGUGACGAGGCCAUCAAAACGAAGGUCUGA